AUGGGUCCUGACAAGGCACGAGAUAGCGCCUGGCUCGUGGAGAGCGCAGACAGGACACGCCCCCUUAGCGUCCCAAGUUAGCCGUGAAUUAGCUAUAUGGGCUAUAUCGCAGCGAGAGUAACGCUCGCUGAGGCCUCGAAAAUGUAUCGCUCCCUGAAAAAUUACCCUCAAAAGUUUUGUUUCUUUAAUAUGAUCCAUUUCAUCAUUAAAGUCAAAAAUGAAGCUAAAAAUAGUUUUUUGAGCAGGAGCACAAGGAAAACGUGAACAUCGACGAGCGGAACUCGGACGCUCAUCCAGAUCAGUUGAUGAUCGACGUUACCACAGAGGUCAACGACAUUUCGCAAAUUUAUUCAUUUUAACUCACUUUUUGACUGUAAACGAAGUUUUAUUGUUGUCUGUGUGCCAAGACUUGGAAUUUCACCGAACGACGUUCCGCUGUUCCUCUGCGUCGCGAAGCGUUUUUGCGAGCCUCGGUUUCAUUUGAAUUGGUUCUCAUUUUUGAUAGAUGGACUGUUCCACUAAGGACACGUGUUGGUCGAGUUCCUAAAUAAAAUAAAUAAUUGAGGGCGCGGCCGAGCACGCAGCGGAACAACGGAAUGUCGUUUGGUGAAAUUCCAAGUCCUGAUACACAGACUAUACUCAUUUUGAAUUAAAAACACGCAUUGGAGUAUAUUUUAUUAAUUUUUUUAAAAAAAUAUAAAAAAAGUGUUCGAAUUAAUUCCGCUGAAUCCAAAGUUACCACUGAUUCUCCAAAAUUUUUCAUUCUGGCGUGGUGGUUUUGGGUUUCACGGAAACACAUAGAAAACGGCAUGAAUCACGAGAAUUUUUCAACUUUCUUUUGUUAGGCCAUCAAAUAUUCGAGCUCACCGAGUUCGAGUGCAUCUACCCUGUCUUCAACAGCGAUUUCUACGCAUUGGUAAUUUUUCCAAACUUAUUUUUCAGAGUAAGCUUUUUCUCAGGCAUCACGCGUACGCCUGUUUAAGGCGGCCGGUAGGAUUACGGUAGUCAGGAUAGGUUUUUUCGGUUUCAAAAUGAAAGCGUAUGUACUUUUUGUGGCAUACUUUAUCUUGUAACCUCAAGAAGUAGGUUCUUAACAAGUUGCGAAAAAGAUAAAACAUAAAAAAAAUUUCCUGGUUCCGAAACUGACGGCGCAAUAUUGACCGGCCGCCGCAGCAUUGUCUUAAACAUGCGUGUAUCGUAUACGAUACGGUAAUUGGUUAAACUACUGUGACGAGGAUAAAUGGACCGUUCAAGUGGUCUAGUGCUGGUCAGUAGCACCCGUUGGGCUAACAGGUUUGCGAAACGAUGCUAAUGUCGAUCACCCGGUGUUUUUCAACGUAACGAGUGAUCGCCUCGACCUCAACCGGAGCUCGGCGUGUGAAUUGGGCGUUUGCCUAGUUCCGCUGGACUUAAAAGUGGCCUAA